UUGUCCAGCCUAUCCAAAACUUGAACCAAAUUGCGGGUUGAGUCCAAUUUUUCUUUAUCUGUUUUGUUAGAGGUAGUGGGUAAUUGUCUUUAUAUAGUUCUGCUCCCUUUCAAAUCCAUCUCUAAGCUUUUUGUACUUUACAAAGGGAUGGUCAUGUCAGCUUAUGUAGGCUUUGUUUGGUAUUAGGUACCAUAUAAUACUUGUGAGAUUCUUUGUAGUGUUCGGAAGUUUUGAAAAUUCAACCAUAUCCUUAUAUUAAUUUAUGCUCUUGAGGAUGUAGAAAUAUAGACACAAGCUUUCAAAAAGAUUACAAAUUGGACGUGUGGCUAAAAGAGAGUACGUUUUGGACAAAUGUCAACUGGCUGUGACAUGGAAGAAAAUGGUUGCUGAAAACUCAUCAUACCUGACCGGAGGAGUCUUGCCAUAGACAAGUAAAGGUCUGCUUUGUGGGUUUUCUUUGUGCUGAUGACACUGCCUUCUUGAUCUUACCACUUAAGUUGAGCUCUUACAUCCUUAAACGAAGAGGGAUAUCCAUAAGAUUCCAAAAACCUGGCAAUUCAAGCAGGUUAAAGGCUGCAGAUACUCAAGCUUAGCAAUUAUUCCAAUCUAGCGUAUUUCUUUGGGAAUUGCCAGGUGGGAUUUUUUUCAGUAGAAACCACCAUUGGCAUGCCUGCUGAUUUCCAAGAAGUUUUAUGAGUGGAUCGUGCUGGUUGUCUUGAUCAUGGGCUGCUGCCAGUCAAAGGGAACAAAAACGACAGCAUGGUGUAAAGAGCUGACAGUUCUUGCUUCUGGAACACCCUGUGAGUAUGCAUUAUCAACAAGCCUACUUCCUAGCUAUGUUUCAAUGGAUAUUCCACUAAUUUCUCGACAACUGUUGCUUUUUGUCUUACGACAUGGAUGGAUAGAGAGUGCCUUGAUUGGUUCCUGUAUAUUAACCUUUGUUGACAAUAUUGAAAGAAUAAGAAGCAUGCAUAUGAUGUUGUUAGGGAAAAGGGGAGAAGGAAAAACAAUUUUGUUCCUAAUUAUUAGUUUAAGUUUCUGCUAGAAACAGCUUGCUCAGAUUACUGUAAGCGAAGUAGAGGCCUUACAUGAACUUUUUAAGAAAUUAAGUAGUUCAGUCAUUGGCGAUGGAUUUAUUAGCAAGGAAGAUCUUCAGUUUGCGCUCUUCAGGAACAACAAUAAGAAGAAUCUGUUUGCAAACAGGUGCUAGAGAUUCUUCCUCGUAUGGUCAUGGUGCGGCCGCCUGGUGCUAUGGCCUUUACCUUCUUUCUAAGUUGCAUCUACUUCUGGUACUUCUGCAGAUGUUUGAUUUGUUUGAUGUCAAGUGCAAUGGAGUCAUUGAGUUUGGAGAAUUCGUUCAAUCUUUGGGUGUCUUCCAUCCAAAUGCUCCAGUUGAAGAAAAAAUCUACUUUGCUUUCAGAUUAUAUGAUCUAAGGCAAACUGGUUUCAUUGAACAGGAGGAGUUGAAGGAGAUGGUAGUGGCCCUUCUCCAGGAAUCGAAUCUGGAACUGUCAGAUGAUGUCGUCCAGACAAUUGUUGAUAAGACAUUUAGUGAUGCUGAUUCAAAAGGCGAUGGAAAAAUUGAUCCAGAAGAGUGGAAGGAAUUUGUGUCGAAGAAUCCUUCUAUUAUCAAGAACAUGACUCUACCUUACUUAAAGGAUGUAACUGUGGCCUUUCCCAGCUUCGUGCUAAUUUCUGAAUUGGGAGAAUCAGAAAUGUAGUAGAAAAGUAUCAAUUAUAUAAUUUCUAGCAUGGGGCGCUUUUGAAUAAUCAGAGCUCAACUAAAAAGAUGUUGGAAUCUGCAUGAAUGCCGAUAGAAGGGCUAGAAACUCUUGAUUUUACAACCCUCUGAAAUGCAACCAUGAUUUGAUCAAGGUGCAACUUAUUAGCCAUUUUAAGCCUCUUGGUUUUGUUCUUUAAUGCAGAGUUAGUACAGCGUAGUUUGCUUCAUGUUUUGCACAAGUAUAUUACAUUUCAGCAGCAGAAAUUCAGUGGUGGUGGGUUCUGAAAAGGUAGUAUUUAAGCAGAUACUUUGAGGAGUUGUGUUUUUGUAUUUACUGCUGCUUUUCUUUAAAGAGGCAGGUAGCAUGCUCCAUCUGUUUCCAAAUCAAUAUAUGAUUGAAAAAUUAAGGCA